CAUGAGUGGGGUUCGUAGCUUGUUCAGCUUGGUUAUUCGAAAAUAAUGAUUGGGAAAUAGCGGACAAUUGAGAAGUUAUAUAUCAUAAAUUGAGCACUUGGACUCGGAACAGUUCGCGAGAUGUGAAAGCUCUUAGCUACCCCACUUCAUCCACUCUAUCAUCGUUUUUGAUACAAGACGCCAUCGACUCAAGUGGAGUCCAAUCGGGAAUCGGAAAUCUAAUUACUAUACAGAGAAUUGAUUAGAUCCAAAUACGUCCUGCCAAUGUCAACUUGGUUAGUAAAAUGGGCUACUUGAGAGGAGGUUCAAAAUUCUUCGAUCUCGACUUCCUUUGUCUAUUGAAAGAGGUUCAAAAUUUCGUAAUAUCUUUGUUUUCUUCGGUCCUUUUGUUGAAUAGAGUUAUAGCUCGGUAAUCGAGAACGCCUGAUUGAAUGGAACAUAUAAAGCUUUAUAUGUUGAAGGUAUUCGGGUAAAACUCGAUAAUCCGUCUAUCUCGUCUUCAUCAUUCGUUACCACUCUGGAGAUUGUAUCACUGUAGGAUUUCGCCGGCGUCAUUUCGCCAGGAUUCUAUUUCCGCACAUUCACUAGAUAGUACAAGUGGUCGUUUGAAACACAUUCGCAGAAAAAUUGAGUGAAUCAGGCCUUUCUUUUUUCACUUCUACGUUAGGGAUCAUACUGGAUGAAAGAAUCCCACGCAUAUUUUUGCUUCUUCCAUAGAUGCUGGUCUCGGGCGUUCCUUUCCGCACACUUGGGAUCCAUUCACCUGCGCCUUACGACGCCUCCCCCCAUCUCCACGGCACGACCCUGGGAGUUUCUCCACGCUAUCGCAUAUAGAUAGAGCAUACUUACAUAAUAUUCGUACGCUCUACCGCCAAUAGACACCCAUAAAUCAAACAUAUCCCACUUGUCGAACUUUGAUUUACAGCUUUGUGCUCGAGUCAACUGGGCGGGGUGCUAGAAUAAAUACCCUGAAGAUUGUCUGAUAUCUGCAAUUCUGGUGUAUUUGUUUUGUCGUCCUGUCACAUCUAAUUAGCACAAAAAUUUACCAUACAACAAGUCGCUAUGACGGCCACGCAGAUAUAUCCGUCUAUCGUUCCGAUAACAGAACCAGAGCUCCUCUACCAAUCGCAGCGUUUCGAUCCUCAACCACAACCUAGUUUUCAGCAGCAGCAUUCAUAUUUAGAUCCUGCCCUAGCUCAGCAUGAUCUUAGAGUAUUCACUCAACGGCUGGCGCAGAACCCGAGCUACGAUACCCCAAUAGCGCCAUACCCAGCCUCGGAUAGUAGUGAGGGUUCGAUGGAUAUGUGGGGGGGUGUAAUGAAUUGGGUCGAUAGACAGAAUGCCGCCAUACCUAUGCAUCCAUAUCUGCACGCGCAGCCCCCACUAUCAGCACCUCUAUAUGCCAAAACACUUUCCUCGCCCACACAGUCGCUUUCCCCAAGAGAACCAAAUGCCAAGCGCGAUGCAUCGACUGCAGCCUCAGCACGAUUCCGCCAGAAAAAGAAGCAGAAGGAAAAGAGCCUAGAAAUCAAUGUCAAAGAACAGAAAGAGAGGAUUGAGAUGAUGGAAUGCAGAAUAAAGGAACUAGAAGGCGAAAACGGAUUUUUAAAGGAAUUAGUCAUGGGCCGAAUCAAGUGGAAAGAGGAGAGAGAGAACGAAGAAGUGAAUGAAGAAGAGGAAAAGAAGGAAAAUGAUGAUGGGAAUACGGAGUGAUUGUUGUCUAUAGGUACAACCAUACAUAAAGAGUGCAGGGAGGGAAUAAUAUUUGCAAUUUUGCUUUGUUGCUUGGAAUUCGCAUAGGACUCGUUGGAGUUCCGCAUAUAUACCACAGACUUCUGUCAAAAUAUUCGUUUGUUGGACUAGUUAGCUUCACUUUCUUACUUUUGAUGGAUCCUUCCCUGAUUGAGAGUUCAAUGUCUUGAAUAGAAGGAAUUCGAAGGAGUGCAAUAUGAUAGGUCGCUCAUGUUUGCUCGCUUUGAUACCGACGUACGCACAUGCACCCGAAAGAGUCAUGGCGGUUGAAGGAGUCGGACUGAUAUAACACGAACAUAUAUUACAAACAAAGCAAUCCAUCUGUACUUACUAUUAGUGUCUUAGCUAGGCUCGAUAAUAGAAAGAUAGAGCACACACAACUGAGACUUGCACAAGUCCUGAUAGUGGAAAUUUC